UUCUGUAGUGUCGACAGUGUCGACGACGGAGAGUCCAUAAAUCGGAUAAACAACCGUCGGACCAAUUGGUUGUGGCCACCAGCUAAAACUUCAGAACAGCCAGCCCACGCACUACAUACAAGUAAGUGAUAUCGUCGUACCUACCGGCCUACCGAUACAUAGCUUCCGCAGUUAGCUGUGGACUGGGGACCUUGCGUCGACCCCAGUCGACACAGCGACAGCGAAUUCCGUAGAGCCCUUUUGUCGCGUUAGAAUAAGGAGGUGAAUGUCCUCAUCCACUGUUUCUUUCUUGCGGUCGCACCUCGAUCACCUCCACCAUCACCACUCAGCAGCACUCCUUUACGCUGCUCCUCAACUAUCCCUCAAUUGCUUGGUCAACUGUUCCGCAGAGCACACAACAGUCAUUCUUGGCACAGGCAUCUCUUAUUAUCUGGGUAUAUAUUUCAUUAUCUUGAUCCGCAAGAGCAUUGACACCAACGCCUUCAGAUCCCCCUUUCAUUAUCAUCCUACCCUAGCUAGCUAGCUAUUAAGAUCACCAUGCAAUCCACAGUGCAAGCGAGGAACCGACAGUAUCAGCAAGUUGCUGCUAACCUGUAUGAUAUUGAGGAUCCUGGUCCCAAUGAUGUACUCUUUGGCCGUGGCACGGGCUCCAACAUGCACUCGGGCAACAUUCGAUUCCGGGCGUUGAUUCAAAAGUACAAAUCGGUAUACCGUGAUACCCCCAAAAAGAUGAAGCCCUCCGUGUCCACCAAGGUGGUGGCCCUGUGGAGAGCCCAGGACCCUCCCGGUCGAUUCUUGACUCGGUCCGAUCGAUUCCAUGGCUCUCGAAGGACGUUUUACGACGUGGGGGAUGCCAUGGCAAGACGCAAGGCAGCCCAAUGUCUACGAGAAAAAUCCACCAAGGAACGAAUUCAGCAGCAGGUCGGUGGCAUCAAGGAAGAAACUGCCGAAAAGGAAGAAACCGAUGCUCCUGCUGCGACCACUCAAGAGUCUGCCACCGGAAUCCAAGAAGAUGACACGGAUCUGUUUGCGGGAAGUGAUUUUUUGGAUGCUUCCAAUUCGUCGUCGUCGUCCAAUGCCAGCAAUGAAUUCUUGAGUAUUGCUUCGGCCUUGGGUAUCAACACGGCUCAGGCUGGUCCUGGCAAAAUUUUGGAAGACGAUUUCCCCACCGGCAGCUCCUUUUUGGAUCAUUCGAACGCCACCAAGACGGAUGAUGGCAAUAAUAAUGAGACCAUGACACUGCUCAAGACAUUGAACUUGCCCACUGCAGACGAUUUUGACAACAUGAAAUUGCCAGACAGUCUCAAGGUGGUUGCCUCCAAGUACAAGGACGAUGGUUGGAUGGGCGGGGCCUCCAAGCAAGAGAACAAGAAUAAUACCCUCUCGCUGAUGGAUGUUUACGCUGCCGAAUCCGAAAACGAGUCCACAGGAGAAAGACCGAGUGAUUCUCCCUUUUUGUUUGCCAGUUUUGAUCUGGGCACCAAUAAUAACAAGAGUGGUGGUGACGGCGACGACAAUGGCGGUCUCAUGUUUCCUUCUCUCUUGGGAGCCAGCGACAGCAACACAGAGCCCACGUCCCUCUUUGGAGGAGAGGACAACGGGACAGAGGACGACGACUGUGCCUUUCCAAGUCUCGCCCCCGCCCAACCCAGCAAACGAGAAAACGCCCUGCACGCCAUCGGUGAUACCAUGCCCACCGCAGAAGCACUCACGACGGCUGGAAUUUUCGACUUCUAGACACUCUCCAGCGGUGUCGUUUGUUUUGCAUGAUGAUGAUGCGUGGGGCAGGGCUUUUCCUCGUUGUGGAAAAAAUACAUAUCAAAAGUGUGCGUAGUUUGUAGAUUAAUGGUUUUCAUAGCUGCAUGUGUUCAUU